GUCCUACUGUGUCGUGGUCCGUGGUCCUACCGUCCUGCUAGCCUCUAGCGCCAACCUCUGUACAGGAAGGUGGGAAUGACCUUAUAAGUCUGAAGCCGUUCUCAAACGAAGAAAAUCUUCUAGUGUGUUAUGCAGCGUACUUGAGUUCAAUCUCAGUGAUUAAAAAUAUAUAAUUAAACCAACGACUAUUAUUUUGGUGGUUUGUUAAGUAAAAUUUUCUAUUGAGUAAAAAUGUAACUAUUAAACUUUUUAUAUUUUUAUCAAAGACUUUAAAUAUUUCUAAAAGUGUUUUACAAUGAACCAAAAACCCGGACAGUCGGAAGAAAAUGGAGGGGUUUCUCUGGCCGAGGAGGAACGGAUGAUACCUAAAAGAACAGCAGAGUUUCCGGACUUUAAGGACUUGCAGGAUUCUCAGUCAGUUCACUUGGAGGAGAAUGGCCAUGUCAAAGGUUCAGAAGCAGACAAGAUGCUGCAGAGACAGAGGCGGCUGACUGAGUACAUCGUACUCUCAGAAGACACAACCUGUGGCAUAGGCUGCUGCAAGGGGAAACUGCUGCAGAGGUUCGCCAACAAGAAGGCUUACGUGAUCCUCUAUGGCAUCCUCGGCUGCAUCUUCUCUGCCUCAUACAGCUACUUCAACGGCACAAUCACCACCUUGGAGAAACGGUUUAAAAUACCAAGCAAAACAACAGGUAUCAUCACAGUAGGCAAUGACAUCAGCCAGCUGUUUGUCUCUGUGGUGCUCAGUUACUACGCAGGUAGAGGACAUCGGCCUCGGUGGAUCGCCCUGGGUGUCUACACUGUCGUGGUGUUCUGUCUCAUGAAUGCUCUGCCACAUUUCCUGUACGGCCCAGGACUAGACGCAUUGUCACUCACCGUGGAGUACGGGGGACACUAUGACGAUGGGAACACCACCGCUGCAGUUAUCGAGAAGCAGAACCGCAAGAUCCUGUGUCAGACGGCGGGGUCGGCGGGGUGUGAUGUGGCGGAGGCUAACCUGGCCCCGCAGAUCAUACUGUUCACAGCACAGCUAGUGUCCGGGGUGGGGGGCUCACUGUACUACACGCUGGGAGUGUCGUACAUGGAUGACAACAUCAAGAGGUCAAAGACUCCUGCACUAGUCAGUUUCUCCUACUUUCUCCGCAUGUUGGGCCCAGCCAUUGGAUAUGCGUUGGCUUCUUUUUGUUUGAAGCUCUAUAUUUCACCAUCUCUGACUCCAACAAUCAAAAUGGGGGAUCCUCGGUGGCUUGGGGCCUGGUGGCUAGGAUGGCUGGUUCUAGCAGUAUUGUUGUUCAUGUUUGCCUCCCUGUUGGCGCUCUUCCCCAAAACACUACCGAGGGCUGCUGCCAGGAAAAUGUUAGCAACUGAGAAGGCAGCUAUAGAAGAACAGAAAUCUGUGGAGCCUGAACUACCAGCUUCAUUCCAAGAUAUGAUGAAAACCUUCAAGAGACUCAUGAUGAACCCCACCUUGAUGUGUAACAACUUUGCUGCCAUCUUCUACUUCAUGGGCUACAUGCCAUACUGGAUCUUCAUGCCAAAGUACAUUGAAACUAUGUACAAACAGUCGGCAUCAGCUUCGAGCUUUAUAACAGGUACGGUCGGGCUGGUGUUUUCAGCCUUUGGAAUCCUCAUAUCAGGUCUUGUCAUCUCCAAGUACAAACCUCGUGCACGCUACCUCGCUGCCUGGAACGUGGUGGUCGGUGCCAUCAGUGUCAUGGGGAUGAUCUCCUACGCCUUUCUGGGCUGUCCUGUCAAUGACACACAGGGCGCUAUCACUUCUUCUGGCGAACUGCAGACAUCAGCGCCUUGCAAUGAAGACUGUCAUUGUGACUAUGUCAAGUAUUCCCCAGUCUGCUCUCCUGAUGGGAGAACCUUCAUCUCUCCAUGUCAUGCUGGAUGUCGGUCCUACCAGACACUCGUCAAUGGCUCCAAGGUGUACACGGACUGCUCCUGCGCCCCUCGCCCUCCCUUCCUGCCUACCCCGGACCCUCCUGUCUCCCUAGUGGAGGAGGGACUCCUGGGAGGUCCUGAGGGAGAUGCAGAGGAUGUCCCGUGGUACAUCACUGCAGGACCGUGCCCCGUGGACUGCACCACCAAGUUCUACAUGUUCCUUGCCGUCGUCUGCAUGCUGAAGUUCAGUGGAGCUACAGGGAGAGCCUCAAAUUUCCUUGUUUCAGUCAGAUGUGUGGAGGAGAAAGAUAAGCCAAUUGCGAUGGGGUUCGGCCUCAUGCUUAUGAGUAUGUUUGCCUUCAUACCUUCUCCCAUACUUUUUGGCUAUUUCAUUGACAAGACUUGCCUGGUGUGGGGAAAGACAUGUUCAGGGACAGGCAACUGUUGGCUUUACAAUGCCGAGUCCCUCAGGUUCCUGCUCAACUUCACGGCUACAGGCUUUGUGACAAUAGGGACGCUUUUCGACGCUGGGGUCUGGUACUAUGUAAAGGAUUUGAAGAUUUUCGAUGAAGAAGUUGAAAUGGAAAUGGUUGCUCAAAGAGCGAAGACUCAAAGGAAGUGAAAAAUGUCAAUUUCUUCUCGGAAGUACUUAAAAGACCUCAAGAAAAGUGUAUAUAGUUAAUUAAUGUAAAUCAUCAUUCAUCAAACUUAGAUUUUAUAUGAUGGCUAAACAAUGAUGCUCUGGUUUCUGAAACAGCUUUGUGUUACCAUUAAGGACACAUGUGUGUUACCAUAAGGAUAUAAUUGGACAUAGUUCUUACCAUCAUUAUGUCUUUUCAUCCAUCUUUUCAUCAUAAAAAAAACAUCACAAACCAAAAUUUGUUUGUACAAUUAACCUCUAAAUCAUUUGUUAUGUAUAGUGUCUAAAUCAACCAAAUUGUCAUUUAAAGUCUACAGAAACAAAGAAGAAACACAGGCAGAGUUUGUCUAUGUCUGCUGAUUCCACAAACUAAAUAUUAAUUAACGAGCUACAAUUUAAUUUACUAUUUUUAUGCUCGUUUUGUUAGUUUUUAUCAUUCAACAUUUUUGGUUAUUUUUUGGCUCUGUAUAUUCUUGUAUUAAGGUACUUUAUGUUUUUUUAAACUACAGUAGAGUCCUGCAAACUCGGCGUAAUGUGGACUGGAAGGGUGCUGAAUUUGUGAAAUGCCGGGUAAUCGGGAACUAGGGUUAAAAGUAAGAACAAUACAAUUUUAGCUGCCUUAUUUACUGUAUUUAUAUUUAUAUUACAAGUCAGUAUUAAGUCAUCAGAUAUCGUAAAAUAAAUCCUUGGUAGGAGUUGCCAAUGGUUUGACUUGAGCCCCUGUUUAACUCGGACAUAAAAAUCACAAAUUUUCUAAUCCAGGUGAUGGCCGAAUUAUCCAGACUGCCGGCUUAUCGAGUGUUGAGUUUGCGGGACUCUACUGUAAUAGUUAGUGUUAAAAUUUCAGUACACAUUUGUGCCUUGUAGCAUUUUUGGUGGAAUAAAUCAUAAAUUUAUAACCCAAAAAUUACAAAUCUCAGUCUAAAUUUUUAAGUAUUCAAUUUUAUCUAUGAGCUGUAUUGAUUGCAGUGUAAAAUUGUAAAAAAAAGGAAAAACCGCUAAAAAUAAACAUUACCUGAAUUAAUUUGUAUUGUUCAUCUGGGUCUAUAUAAAUUGAAAUCCUUCUCAAGUUUAACA